AUGAACCAAGAACAUACAACAAAUGAGACUAUUUCACAUAAUAAAAAUGACACAUAUACUUCAAGUGACAUUGAUAUAGUUACAAGUGAUAAAGUACUUCAACAUACUUCAGAUAAAGUAGAUAAGGCGGAAGAAACGAUUGAGACAAAUAACUCUCAACUGACGAAUUCCAAUUCAGAAUCGAAGGCGAUCAAAUCAGAUUCAAACUUAUUAUUAUCGAAAGAUAGCAACGUCAACCAGGGCUUACAAGAAAUUGAGGACCACACCACAAAUGAUGAUACAGGCAACUCUGAUGGAGACAGCGAUGUUUCCGAGACAGAUAUUGGAGAAGAUGAAGAUGAAGAUGAAGAUGAAGAUGAAGAUGAAGAACCUCCCUUAUUGAUAUACUCUCGCAUCAAGCAAUUACCAAUUAAAUUAUUCGAAAGGGAUGCUAUUUCUGCCUGCAACUUCCAUGAUUCAAUAUUUAUAUUUGGUACUCACUCGGGGAUGUUGUAUUUUACUACUCCCCAUUUUGAAAUGAUAGACACUUUGAAAUGUCACAGAUCAUCUAUUCUUUCUAUUUACACAGAUGGAGUGAGCUUUGCGACUGCUUCCAUCGAUGGUACUAUUGUAACUGGUUUAGUCAAUGAUAUAAAAUCAGAAAAUCUAAUUGCAUAUGAUUUCAAACGACCAAUUAACUCUGUCGUAUUAGAUACAGAUUAUGUAGCCAAUAAGACGUUCAUAUCUGGAGGAAUGGCAGGUGAACUUAUUCUCUCUCAAAGAAAUUGGUUAGGUAAUAAAACUGAUAUAACAAUUUCUAAAGGCGAUGGUCCAAUUUUAUCAAUUAACAGAACUGAAGACAUUAUUUUUUGGUUCACUUCUAGUGGGAUUCAUUUCUUUGAUAAGAUUACCAAGACAUCACUAUUACAUGUAGAAUUACCAGAACUGGACAAGAAUAACAAUCCUUUUGAAAUAUUUAAACCACAUAUUCAUAUCCCCGAAAGAGAUAGGAUCAUUAUUGGCUGGAUGGACAAUAUUUGGAUCUUUAAAAUUUCAGUAGCCACAAAAAAUACUCAGGAUGGGUUUAUCCAUGGAAAUGUUGGAUCAAUUAUAUCAAGCGCAGCCUCGAGUUUUAAAGGAAUACCUGACAAGGAUGUAGAUAUAGAGUACCAUUUUGUGAUUCCGUUACUAAUAGCUGGUAUUGCAUCCUUUAAAGACGAUCAGUUACUCUGUUUAGGUUACGAAAAACAAUUUGACGAUAAAAAUGAAUUGCAAUUGAAACAUUUGCCACCUCAACUACAGAUUUUUAAUUUAAUCGAUGGGAGUGAAAUAUAUAAUGACGAAAUUGUUUGUAAGGAUUACGAAAAACUAUCACUUGGUGACUACCAUCUGGGGAAACAUAUACACGAAAAUGGAGACAGUCCAUCAGAAUAUUACUUAAUAUGUACUUCUGACGCAAUUAAAAUUCAACAAUUAACAUUAAUGGAUCAUUAUAAUUGGUUCAUUGCGAAUGGAAAAUUUUAUAAUGCAUGGAAUAUUGCACAGUAUGUUGUUGAUGAUAUUGAACGAGCAAAAGUUGGUAUACGUUAUAUUGAACAGUUACUCAAGGAAAAAGAGUUCGAUGAGGUGGGUCCUGCGAUGACUAGAAUAUUUAAGGGUUUGGGAGAUGAUAAAGGUAACGAGCAUUAUAAAGUUAUUGAUGAAUUAUUCAAUAAGGAAUGGUACAAAGUAAUUAAUAUGUAUAUGGAAGAUGAUAAACUUUUGCAGAUUGCAGAUUUUAUCCCUCUUACAUUAAACCGUUCAAAUUCCAUAUAUGAUUUUAUUUUGAAUUAUACUCUAGAUAAGUAUGAAACUUCAAUGUUCAGCAAAUUUAUACAACAUUGGCCAAUAGAUUUAUUUGAUUCUAAAACUAUAGAGGAAAGAUUAAAAAUAUUACAGACAGAAAGUGGGGACUUCGAGAUAUUCUAUGUUAACCAACUCAUAUACCUUUAUUUAAAGACUGAAAAAUACUCCCAAGCUAUUCCCUACAUGAUAAACAUUAAAGAUCCUAAAACUUUACGUAUCCUUCAGAAUGAACCUCAACUUUUGCCACAGGUUAUGGAUAGGUUGAUGGAAAUAAUAUUGAUACCGGCCUUCAAUAAUUCCAAAUUAAGAAAUUCUGUCGUAAACAAUUUGUCAAUCCUAGAGUUAGAGCAAACUUUUUGGGAACCAAUUUUAUUGAUAAUUCAAAAUAGAAAGAUUAUAUCAUUGAAAACUGUAAUUGAACAGUUCAAGGAUUAUUCCAGAGCGCACGAAAAUGUUGAUAAAUUAUUGUUGUGUAUCUUGCUUAGAAUUAACUCUACUGAACCUGACCUACUGAAAGUCUAUGAAAACGAAAUGAUAGACCUAUUUUCUAGAUUUGAUAAGAAACCCCUGCUAGAUUUUUUGAAGAAUAAAACACACUACAAUAUUGAUAAGGCAAUUGAACUUUGUUCAACCCAAGAUGGGUUAUACUCUGAGUUAAUCUACCUCUGGGGGAAAAUUGGUGAAACUAAAAAAGCUUUGUCUAUUAUUGUUAAUAAAUUAAAUGACCCUUUGUUAGCAAUAGAAUAUAUCAGGAGUUGGGGAGAUAUAGAAUUGUGGGAUUUCUUAAUAGAAUAUACCAUGGACAAACCAAAUUUCGUUGAAAAACUUCUUAACUCUUAUAGUUAUAUUGGGAAUAAAUAUAUUAAUGUUGUAGAAGGUAUAAAUGAUGAACAACCUAUUGAGAAAAUUGCACCUCCCAUAAUUGACACAUUGUUGGAAGUUAAAAGGAGCUACCAAGUUAAUGAAAACGUGUUAAAGAUUGUGGACGAUGAUACUUCCAAAUAUGCAAUCAACCUCCUCAAAUUACGGACACAUGGGAGAUUGUGUGACCCUAACUCAGAAUCAACAAUUGCAUAA